AUGAUUUCCUUGGUUGGUAUGGGCGGUAUAGGGAAGACCACUCUGGCUAAGAAGGUGUAUGACAAUCACGAAGUGAAGAAGCACUUUGGAUGUCAGAAUAUCUACUAUCUCAUUGUAUUUGAUAAUGAAUGGGAAAUUGGCUUCUGGGGAGAUGUGGAGCAUGCUUUGUUCAACAAUGAUAACGGAAGUAGAUUAUUGGCCACAACAAGAAACAAGGAUGUUGCUAACUUUGGCAAACGAUCUUCAUUAGUUCAUGUCUAUCAGAUGGAACCUCUGCCUCAACAAGAGGCAUGGGAAUUCUUUUGCAAGAAGGCAUUCAAGUUUGACUUUCAAGGGAAAUGUCCUCAAGAUUUGGAGGAAUUAUCUCAUAACAUUGUUAGAAGGUGUGGAGGAUUGCCAUUAGCAAUUGUGGCUGUUGGUGAACUUCUAGCAACCAAGGAAAAGGUGGUUCUCGAAUGGAAAAGGUUGCUUGAUAACCUCGGUUCAGCACUGGUUUGUGAUCCGCAUGUUGAGAAUAUCACAAAAAUUCUCUUCCUUAGUUACAAUGAUCUGCCUUACCACCUCAAAUCUUGUUUCUUAUACUUCGGUAUGUUGCCAGAGGAUUUCUCGAUCAGGCGUAGUAAACUAAUCAAACUAUGGAUUGCUGAGGGGUUUAUACAAUAAUAGCAAGGCAUGACGUUAGAAGAGACAGCAGAAGAAUACUUAACUGAACUUAUCCAUCGAAGUUUGGUUCAGCUGAAUGAAGCUGGUUUGAAAGGAAUUCUUAGAACAUGUUGAGUUCAUGAUUUAGUGCGUGACAUCAUUCUUUCCAAGUCAGAGGAGUUGAGUUUCCCCACAUUUCCAAGAAUUGCUCAUCUAUUGAAGGCAUAGCACGGCGACUCUCCAUAAGCAAACAAGUGAUUAGUAACAUUUCGAGGAGCAGCAGCAUCACCAACUCUCAA